AUGGCAUCUACCAAGCUUUCUUCAUCCACGGGCUCGAGUCCAAAUUGGACAGCUGAGAAGAACAAGUUGUUUGAAAAUGCUCUGGCAAUUUACGAUAGGGAUGCACCUGAUCGUUGGCAUAAGAUAGCUAAGAUUGUUGGAGAGACAACUGCAGAGGAAGUAAAGAGGCAAUAUGAGAUCCUUAAAGAGGACAUAUACCGCAUUGAGUCAGGAAAAUUUCCCCUACCUAAGUAUAGGAAAUGUCAUCAAGGAAGUAGCAACAUUAGCAAUGAAGAACAAAGGCUGAAGAAUCUAAAGCUCUAAAUCCCAACGAAGAAUGACACUCAGCAGUAGAGACAACUCAAGAACCAUUUUCUCUGAAAGCAGAUCUAGCAAUUAACUAUUCAACCAGUAACUGUCAGCGAUUCACUUUUGUCUUCUUCCAUUUAUUUAUCUAUUUCUCAACUCAACAAACUUUCUUCAGUAAUUGCACAAAUAUGAAGCAAGAAAAAUCAUCAAGUGUUUUUCUUUUCU